AUGGAGCUAAUGAACGAACAGAUACAUCUGCCAGUUGCCCCGAAUCUGAAACUUAAUAAAUAUUUGUUGUGUUGUGUGGGACAAUGGCCGUACCAGACACCGUUGGAGAAGAUUUUAGUUGGAUCUGUAUUUUUACCAAUCGCUGGGUUCCAAGUGAUGUUUCAGACUUGGGGAAUGAUAGCAUCUUUAAUCUUCGACGACUUUAACGCGUUCGUGGAAGAUUUUUCUCCUGGCCUCAUUAGCUAUAUGUGUUUUAUGAAAUAUUUCAAUUUUUUCAAUCGUCAGUCGAUAAAGACACUUUUAGACACGAUGCAAGAGGACUGGAAGUUAUAUACAAAGUCGAAAGAAGAGUAUGACAUUAUGUGUAAACAUUACGCACUCGGUAAAAGGGUUACAUUUCUGUACACAGUGUCCAUAUUUGGGACAAUGGGACCCUACAUGUUCGUGCAACCGAUAGUGAACGUAUUUAAGAAAUUCGGCCUCGUCAAUGGAACCAUCGUACGCGAGCUAAUGUUUCGCUACGAUUAUUUCAUGAACGUGGAGAAAUAUUACUAUCCUCUUCUACUGCACACCAUGACCGGAACCGUAACGUUCAUCUUAAUGGUUGUCGCCUGCGACUCGAUGAUAGUGCUUUUCAUUCGUCACGAGUGCGGACUUUGCGAAAUUCUGGGAUCUCGACUAAGAAACAUUGUGGAAAGCGAUAAUAUGGAUAUUGAGUUGAAUCCUGACAAACACGACGAUAAAGCUUAUCAAACUGUGAAGAGCUGUGCAAUAUUGCACAAACAUAUACUUCACUUUGGUAAUACGAUCGAGGAAAUGAAUACGAUGUCUUCUUUCCUUCAAAUAGGAUUCAACAUGAUCGGAAUGAGCUUCACUCAGUUUCAGGCAAUUGCGAAUUUAGACGAUCCGAAUAUGGCUGUAAGAUUCAUUCCGUUUUCAAUGUGCUUGUACUGUAUCUUAUUGCUAUCCAGCCUGCCAGGACAACAGCUGUCGGACUGCACUGGAAGCAUCUUUGUGAAUACACUCGAGAACAAAUGGUAUCAAUCGUCUAUUCAGGCCAGAAAAAUUUUGCAUAUUAUAUUGCUAAAAAGCAUGCAGCCAAUGAGAUUAACAGCUGGUAAACUCUACAUCUUAGAUUUACAAAACUUCACUGCGGUUCUAAAGGCGUCGUUUUCCUACUGUAUGGUACUAUGCUCUUUUAAAUAA